ACCCAGUUCUCUCUGUUCCCCAGUGUCAGCAGAAGCUGAUGGAAAAUCGGGCUCUGGAUCCAGGGACUCGGGAUUCCUAUGGUGCCACCAGCCACCUCCCCAACAAGGGGGCCCUGGCUAAGGCCAAGAACAACUUCAAAGACCUGAUGUCCAAGCUGACAGAGGGCCAGUACGUGCUGUGCCGUUGGACAGAUGGACUGUAUUACCUCGGGAAGAUCAAGAGGGUCAGCAGUUCUAAGCAAAGCUGCCUUGUGACUUUCGAAGAUAAUUCCAAGUACUGGGUCCUGUGGAAGGACAUACAACAUGCCGGUGUUCCAGGGGAGGAGCCCAAGUGUAACAUCUGCCUGGGGAAGACCUCAGGACCCCUGAAUGAGAUCCUCAUCUGUGGAAAGUGUGGCCUGGGUUACCACCAGCAGUGCCACAUUCCCAUAGCAGGCAGUGCUGACAGGCCCCUGCUCACACCCUGGUUCUGUCGACGCUGCAUCUUUGCUCUGGCUGUGCGGAAAGGUGGCGCGUUGAAGAAGGGCGCCAUCGCCAGGACGUUGCAGGCAGUGAAGAUGGUGCUGUCCUACCAACCAGAGGAGCUCGAGUGGGACUCGCCACACCGCACCAAUCAGCAGCAAUGCUACUGCUACUGCGGCGGGCCCGGAGAAUGGUAUCUGCGGAUGCUGCAGUGUUAUCGAUGCAGGCAGUGGUUCCACGAGGCCUGCACACAAUGCCUCAAUGAGCCUAUGAUGUUUGGAGACAGGUUCUACCUGUUCUUCUGCUCCGUGUGUAACCAGGGCCCAGAGUACAUCGAGAGGCUGCCCCUGCGAUGGGUGGAUGUGGUUCACCUGGCCCUCUACAACCUUGGGGUGCAGAGCAAGAAGAAGUACUUUGACUUUGAGGAGAUUCUGGCUUUUGUCAACCACCACUGGGAGCUCCUGCAGCUUGGCAAGCUCACCAGCACCCCUGUGACGGAUCGAGGACCGCAUCUCCUCAAUGCUCUGAACAGUUACAAAAGCCGGUUCCUCUGCGGCAAAGAGAUCAAGAAGAAGAAGUGCAUCUUCCGCCUGCGCAUCCGUGUCCCCCCCAACCCACCGGGGAAGCUGCUGCCUGACAAGGGUCUGGUGCCAAAUGAAAACGGCGCCUCCUCUAGCUCCUCUGAGCUGCGUAAGAGAGGAAAGAGCAAGCCUGGUUUGUUGCCUCACGAAUUCCAGCAGCAGAAAAGGCGAGUUUAUAGAAGAAAAAGAUCAAAGUUUUUGCUGGAAGAUGCUAUUCCCAGUAGUGACUUCACCUCGGCCUGGAGCACCAACCACCACCUGGCUAGCAUAUUUGACUUCACGCUGGAUGAAAUUCAGAGUUUAAAAAGUGCCAGCUCAGGCCAGACCUUUUUCUCAGACGUGGACUCCACGGACGCUGCCAGCACCUCGGGUUCUGCAUCUACCAGCCUCUCCUAUGACUCCAGACGGACAGUAGGCAGCCGCAAGAGGAAGCUGGCAGCCAAGGCAUAUAUGCCGCUGCGGGCCAAGCGGCGGGCGGCUGAGCUGGGUGGACGCUGCCCCUCAGACAGCAGUGCGGAGGGGACUUUGGGCCCCGAGCGGCCAGACGAAGGCAUCGAUAGCCACACAUUUGAGAGCAUCAGUGAAGACGACUCAUCCUUGUCACACCUCAAGUCAUCUAUCACCACCUACUUUGGCGCAGCAGGGCGGUUGGCCUGUGGGGAGAAGUACCAGGUGUUGGCUCGGAGGGUCACACCAGAGGGCAAGGUUCAGUACCUGGUGGAAUGGGAAGGGACCACCCCUUACUGACUACCCCACGGGGGCUGCAGGGAGCCCUGAAAACCAGAGGGACAGCCGAGGGCACAGGUUUCCCUGUUUCUUCCAGGUUGGGUGGGGGAGGAAGCAGCACAAUGGCAAGGGCCUGGAGAGGCCUUGCCCAGCUGCCCAGCAGGCCAAGCUGAGCCUGCACCACUGCUGUGCCAGCUCUGCUCUGCUCUGCUCUGCUCUUGGUCCAUGGCCUCCCUAAGGUCCCACUGGCUCUUUUUAGUGUCUUCACACUCCAUACCCCUCACACUGUUUAUUGGUUCUUCCUGAGUUUGUGUCCACCCCUAUCCCACCCCCCACCCGGCUCUGUGACUCUAACUCUUGAGGCCCAAAUCUUUCUCUGUCCCCAUUACUUUGUCCCUUCACCUCUCACUGCUUUCUGGUGUGUGUUCACACAUCCUCCAUGUGCACAUCUGUCCCUCCACUGGAUAUCCUUUACACCUGACCCAUGGGGGCUGCUCCUCCCUAGGACCACAUUGAGAUCGGGAACCUCUGAAGGAGAACAGGUCAGCGGGGGCUUCUCUCCCCCGCCCCCUUUUCCUUCCACUUCUACCCCCUGGAAAGGGGGUGGUGUGAGAGGACUCUGGGAAAGUCUGUGUGGCAGAGAUGCUGGGAUUCAGCACCUAGCGAGCAAAGAACCGGGUCUCCGCAGCAGAAGGCACCAGCCUCUGGGCCCCCUUAUUAAGGCUGAGUGUGAAGGCUGCUGGCCUCAGUUCUGAAGGUCCAAGAAGUUUGUCUGUGCCAAGCCUCACACCACUUAGCUGCCACAGAGCUGGGCCUCGCCUUCCUAGAAUGGAGACAUCCACGAAAACCAGGGAGACUGGGGGAAGCGGUGGAAAGGGAGCCACCACCCACUGCCAAACCACACCCAUGCUCUUGCCCAGAAGCUUUCAUGUGUGUGCCUUUACACACCAGGCUCACACAUCUCCCAGCAUCCACACACAGCCACAUGGCUUGUCGGGGCAGCCUGGCUCCUUCUUUUGGCUUCCUCUUUGUCCCUUCCAGGGGCACAGGCUGCAGGUGAAUGUGAAGGUCCAGCUCCUGCCCACUUCCUCCAACAUAUGGACUAGCUUUGGCCCCAUGAGGUCAAAGCACAGAAGGCUCCUACUCUCCCCCAGCUCCCCAGCCCUGCUCUAAAAUUGAUCGUCACUUUUGGAGUUAGGUCGGGAUUUUUCAAUUAUCUGUUUCAUUAAGCCCCCUCAAAGGGAUGUGUUUGUCAUUUGGGCUUGAAAUAGAAUUCUUAGAACAGACAUUCAGAUUCAGCCCCAUCUGGAGGGAAACCAAAAUUGAGAGGGGGCCAGGACCCCUCAUUUUUGCUGCUUCCAGAGAUAUUAGAAACUGACUCACUUGAUUGGAAAUGGGAAGAAGUGCCUUGACUGAGGGGGUUGGGCACCAGGUUGGGACCAGCCUUGGCUGGAUUUGCAGGUCACCAGCUGGAAGGCGAAGAUGGGAAGAAUGAGGCAACAGGCCCAAGGAGCCAGAUUUCCCGAGAUUAUGCCAAACUCCUCCCCACCAUGAGCACUCAGCCCUGGGAUAGGCUAGAUGGCCCUGCCUUAAACCUCAGCUCCUAUAGUGCCCUUCAAAGGAACUUCACCUCAGCCCCUGCACAUAGCCUGCCCACUUCCCUCUCUUUCCCCUACAUGGCUCAGGCAGGGAUAAGCAGGUUCUGGGCCCAGUUCUUAGCCCCACAGCUGCUGCCACUGAGGCACCCAGGGAAGGGGAGUUGAGAAGCCAGCCCCAGCCCAGUAAGGGUGUGGGACCUGGGAUUCAAACUGGCUUCCUGCCGGCCUCAGCACAGCAACCUCGAGGUCUGACUUCCAGGUUCUGAGAAAGCCAGGAUGAACAAGGCCUGCCCUUCCCACUUAGGUUGGGAGAGGCUCAAGAGCAGGGCAAAAGAACCUUUCCCACUGGGAAGACAGCACAAGGCCUAACGAGGUCACUGACCCUAUACCCCAGCUUUUCAUUCAUACCACAUAAUAGCUGCAUUACUGCCAACUCACCUUAUAACCCUGUGCACCUUCUAAGAGAUACAUGGUUUUGAAUUGCUGCUUUUAAUAACAUUUUGUUAUAUUAAAUUUAUAAUUAAUGUGUCUGGUU